GAUACCGUCCUGGAUCUGCUGAAGGAAGCCAUGCUGUCCCGCGUGGAGACGAGUCGAGGCUUCCUGAUAGACGGCUACCCCCGGGAGCUGGAGCAAGGCAUGCGCUUUGAGAAGGAGCUGUCCCCCGCCAAGUUCGUGCUGUCCUUCAAUGUGUCAGACGACACGAUGACCAAACGGCUCCUGGGGCGCGCCCAGACCAGUGGUCGAGUGGACGACAACGAGGAGACAAUUAAGAAGAGGCUGAAGACUUUCCACGACAUCACCUCCCCCGUCAUUGAGCAUUAUCAGAAGCAGGGCAAAGUCAGAAUGGUGGUCCGGGCAGUGGCAAAGGCACGCAGUGUGAGAAAAUUGUGGAGAAGUUUGGCUUCACUCACUUGUCCUCCGGUGACCUCUUGAGGGCAGAGGUCGCGUCGGGGUCAGAGAGGGGGAAGAAGCUGACGGAGACGAUGCAGAAAGGAGAGCUGGUGUCGAUGGUGAACGCGGAGAGCGACAAAGACUCGGUGUUCCUUGAGGUGGACAAGAUCAUCAGUGAAGCUAUCGCUACAAGCAAGGCCUUAAAGGAAGCUAAGAUUGUUUUUGUCAUUGGCGGCCCCGGCAGUGGGAAGGGCACCCAGUGUGCCAACAUGGUCAAGGACUACGGCUUCUGCCAUCUGUCCUCCGGUGACCUCCUCAGGGACGAGGUCAAGUCGGGGUCAGAGAGAGGUCAGCGGCUCAACGCCAUCAUGGAGAAAGGAGAACUGGUUCCUCUGGACGAGGUGCUGGGCCUGCUGCGAGAUGCUAUCGUGGCCAACCUGACAACGACCAAAUGUUUCCUCAUCGACGGCUACCCUCGGGAACUAGACCAGGGCGUCCGCUUUGAGAACGAGAUCGUGCAAUGCUCGUACGUCGUGUUCUUUGACGUGUCAGACGUGACGAUGACCGCGCGCCUCCUGGAGCGAGGAAAGAGCAGCGGGCGCGUGGACGACAACGAGGCGACCAUCAAGAAACGUCUCAACACCUUCCACAACCAGACCCGGCCGGUCAUUGACUACUACAAGGGUCAGGGCAAGGUGCAGCAG